AUGCGUGUUGUACAUCUUCUACCGCUGCUCUGCAGCCUCAUCGAGGCCAAAAUCGACAGGCAAAAGGUCGUCCAAGCCUUCAACCCUCGCCGUAAUGCCAGUUCCCCUGAGACGCCUCUGCAGGUAGGCAAUGGCAACUUCGCCUUUGGUGCCGAUAUCACGGGUCUCCAGACCUUCAGCCCCUUUGCGACGAUGUCGACAUGGGGAUGGCACAACUUCAGCUUGCCCACAACGCCUGGUCAGACUCAAAUCGAAGACUACCACGGCACAGAAUGGUGGACACACGGCCGACUUGUACAGUACAACAUGGCCAACCCCUCAAACAACGACAUCGCAGACUGGCUCCGCGAGAACCCACACCGUAUAAAUCUUGGCACCAUCGGCUUCUCCUUUUCCGACAGCAGCAAUACGACAGUCACGGAGGACAUGCUUAGCAACAAGGAACAGAUCCUCGAUAUGUGGACGGGCGUCAUCCGUUCCAGCUUCACAUAUAAAAACCACACCGUCAAGGUCGAAACCUGGGCCGACCCGUCCUUGGACAGCGUCGCCGUGUCUGUCGAAUCAGCCCUGGUCUCCUCCGGCGCCUUAUCCAUCUUCUUCGACUUUCCCUACCCGACAAACGACAAGUUUGGCGCCCCGUUCGUAGGCGUCUUCAACCAGACGGACCUGCAUAAGACAUCCCUAUCGACCCCUGGCGGAGGGGAGACCAACAAGGCCACGAUCCAUCACGAUUUGACCACCACGCAGUACGACUUGUCACUUGAGUGGGAUGUCGCCGCUGGUGGUAGUGGUGCUAUCAAACCACCGACCGACGGGAGCCAUCGCUAUGUCCUUUCGACCAGUGGGACGGAUACGCUACGAUUCACGGCCAGUUUUGCGCCGUCUGCACCCGAAUCCGUCCCCGAGCUUGACGGCGUCGUGGCGGCUUCACGGGAAUGGUGGCCGGCUUAUUGGAACAACGGGGCCUUUGUAGACCUAACGGGGACAUCGGAUGCCAACGCGACCGAGCUUCAGCGCAGGAUAAUCCAGUCUCAGUAUCUCGUGGCGGUGAACUCGGCGUCAGACUAUCCUCCACAAGAGUCCGGUCUCGUGAACAAUGGAUGGUUUGGCAAGUUCCAUAUGGAAAUGAUCCUCUGGCACACCCUCCAAUUCGCCCGCUGGAACAACCACGCCCUCCUCGCCCGCUCCCUCCCCGGAACCUAUACCCACCUACUCCCCACCUCCCUCAACCGCGCCUCAACCCAAGGCUACGCCGGCGCUCGCUGGGGCAAAAUGACGGACCCCUCUACUAUCGACGCCCCCGGCGAGAUCAACACCCUCCUCAUCUGGCAGCAGCCGCACCCAAUGUACUUUGCCGAGCUCGCCUACCGCCACGCGCCCACCCCGCAGACCCUCGCUGACUGGGACGCCGUCCUCACCGCGACGGCGGACUUUAUGGCCUCGUACGCCUUCCUCAACGAGACGACGGGCGUCUACGACCUCGGUCCGCCCAUGUACCCGGUCUCGGAGAACACCAACCCCAACGCCACCGUCAACCCGACCUUUGAGCUCGCGUACUGGCGCUUCGGCCUCGACGUCGCCAUCGCCUGGAAAUCCCGCCAGAACGCUUCCGUCCCGGAAGCCUGGACCACCGUCAGAGAUAACCUCGCGCCCCUACCCAUCAUCGACGGCACGUACCCCGUCUACCAAGACAUCCCCAACAUGUGGACAGCCAACACGACGACGGUGCAAGACCACCCGGCCAUGGCCGGCAUCUUUGGCCUCCUCCCGCCGCCGGCCUCGGGCCCGCCGCUGAACCGCCCCGCACUCGAGGAGACCGCUGCCCGGAUCUGGGCGCUGUGGGACCUCGACGAAUCCUUUGGCUGGGAUUUCCCCAUGCUCGCGAUGAACAGCCUCCGCCUGGGCGACGCGAAUCGUGCCGUCAACUAUCUUCUCCACCCGACGUUCCAGUUUGACGACGCGGGAUACCCCGUCGGCGGGACGAGGGUGCCGACGCCGUACUUCCCGAGCUCGAGUAGUCUGCUGCUAGCCGUGGCCAUGAUGGCUGGUGGUUGGGAUGGUGAGGAGGGACCUCACUUCCCUAGCGAGUGGGAUGUCCUAGUUGAGGGCUUCGUUCCUGGGUUAUAA